CCUUGUUCAUCAACGUCGCAUCUUCUAUAUCUCUCUCUUAAUUCUUUGUUCAGAUCGAUCUGUUUCACUUCUGUUAGUCAUUUUCAGUGUACGUGUUCAUCAUGAAGAACAAGGCUUCAGUUUUCUUGAAGCAGAUAAUCACCUUGCUGAGCUCAAUAGCCAAAUCGAAGACAAUGGCGAUCAAGAGCAAAACCAGCGCGGCCAAGGCUCGCCUCAUAAUGUUCUCUUUGGUCAAGAACAAGAAGGUCUUGAUGGACACAGUCUCGCACAAGUUUCAUAACCUCCUCGGCCACCACGACAAAGACAGAAACCAAGGCGAUGACGACGAGAGCCGGGCCGUUGUGCUCUACAAUGCCAUCGCCAACGAGUACUCGAAUGCAGCUGGCGCGAGCCAUCUGCACACCAUUGAAGACGAGGAGGAGGAUGACAAUGACAAUGACAAGUUUCCCGAUCUGAGGCACUGCCUUUUCGACGAAGACGAAAACUUCGAUGACAUUAAGGCCGGUGGGUCUGUGGUUGAUAUUGUCAAGAAUUCAAAAGAGGAUGGAGAGGAUUUCAAGCUGGAAGACGAGAUUGAUCAAGUUGCGGACUUGUUCAUUACAAGGUUUCACAAACAGAUUCGCUUGCAGAAGCUUGAGUCCUUCAAGAGGUACAAAGACAUGCUCGAGAGAAGCACCUAACUAGCUAGACUGAUCGAACCAUUUUCCUCAGUCAGCAAUUUUACAUGCAUCUGUGGGGAAGUUAAUCCAACCCAUCUGCUAUGAUAUCUACUAUAUAGAACUUCAGCAGCCAGCUUCUUAUGCCACAUGCAGAUUAUGUUGCCCUGGCUGAUUUCAGUGAAUUAUGCACUUCACUGAAAUUACAGACCUGUCGGAUUUGGGGGCUUGUUUCUAAUAUUUGAUUUUCUAUUUUCUGUUCGACAUUUGUCUCUUUUUCUCUCUGACAUUUGUUGCCUUGUAAUUUGCAUACAUGGCCGUAGCGUCAAUUAAGCUACUUCUUGUAAUGAUGUAUAGCAUUUAUAUGAAUAAACGUUAGUGUU